UUAUAACCAUAUACCUAAAUUGAUCUUGACCUAAACUAAAUUGAGCUGAAUUAAACUUGAUUCAAAUGACCUGUUAGCCACCUCUUGAUACAUACGAUUAUAUUUAUAUCAUUUAGUAUUAAAUCUAAUAGGUGGAGGGUUUAAGUUUAUUACUAUCAUACUACAAUUGUAUUAAAAAAAAAAAAACAUCCCAAGCAAAUUCAAUUCAACUCACCAUCUUGACCUUGAAAUGAGGAAAAAAAAGGAACUUCCCCAAAUAUAUAUAUAUAAUAAUAAAAUAAAAAAAAAACAAACCCUCUAAAUAAUCGAUUAAUUAAGAUAUAUAAUUUCAGACAUAAAUGUACUCCUAUCCAACCCUUUCUAUUUAAACUCUCUUUCAUGUUAUAUAAUUUCAUUCAUUCCAAACAUACCACUAAAAGCUAGCUUGAUCACUCACACUAACUACCUCCUCCACCGACUCUCUCUCUUUCUCUCUAUUCUUUCUCUCUCUUCAAAAACAUAUUGAGAAAAAAAUAUUUCAAGAAUUAUAAUAUAUGCUUCUAUAUAUAAUUAUUAGAAGCAUAUAUUAUAUAUAAUUAUCAUAUAUACAUAUAUUAUCAUGUAUAACAAUAUGAACAAUAAUAUUAUUGAGGUUCAAAGGCAAGAAUCCUUAAAAAGAAGAUGGCAUGAUACCGCCCCUACUAACCCUACUACAUCUGUGGCGUCGUCCUCGACGUCACAACAAUCAUCAUUAUUUAUAAGUAAACCACCCCAUGGCCAUCAUCAUCACUUCCUCCAACCAGGGAGGUUAGAUGGUGGUGGUGGAGAUCUAGUCCUAAACGUCGUGCCCUCGAUCACAGUUGUGCUCGAGGGCCGUUCGAUCUGCCACCGGAUUAACCUACAAAACCAUGGUAACUACCAUAGUUUAGCCAAGGCUCUUAGACAAAUGUUUGUGGAAAUAGCAAAUAUUCAACAAAAUGAUGAUGAAAAUAAUAAUGAUGGACAACAACAACAGCAACUUGAUUUGUCUAAUGCUGUUCCUGGUUAUGUUAUUGCUUAUGAAGAUAUGGAGAAUGAUCUUCUUCUUGCUGGUGAUCUUCAGUGGAAGGAUUUUGUACGAGUGGCAAAAAGAAUUAGGAUACUGCCGGUGAAGUCAAGUUCAAGGAAGCAAAAGAGCACAAAACACUAGUCAAUUUAUUUUCCAGAUUUUGAGGGGAUAACGUACCAAUUCUUUAGUUCAGUAACCCCUCUUCCCCCAACUAAGAAAAAAGAAAAAAUCAAACUUGUAAUGCUAGCUUGAUUCUUAAAUUUAUCAAGAUGGUUUUAUAUGUGUCUUCAAUUAAUUUAAACUUCUAUCCACAGCAAAUUUAAUAAUGUCUCAGUAAGCCUAAUUAAGUUCUAUUCAUUUACAAUAAACCCGAUAAUCAAGGAUUACGGAUAGAAUAAUACGAAGUAGCUCAUGUCUUUUUUCCGCUUAUUGGGGAUGUAAAAGGUUGGUGGACCCUCAUGUUGCAUGAUCAAGUAAGAAAUAAAGCAAAAAUAGGUACAACUAAAAAGACGGCUUAUGAGAGAAAGUAAACACAAAACGAAUAGCAUUUUUUUUAAUUUUUUCAGAUGGAAAAUUGUGUAUGAGGUUAGUAAGUAUCUAAAUUAAGGCUUAAAAAUGUAGGUCCAAUUAUAACGCAAAUAAAUUAAGAGAGAGUGUAAGGGAUGAGUGGAUGACCCCAACCCUAACCCCAUAGUCCCCAAUCGCUUAAAAUGUCUAAAGACUUACGUAGUAUCUAUCAUUACAAUUUACAAAUUUCAAGUUCUCUUGAGGAAGCAACUAAGGAAAUUAAACACUCAUAUUUAUAUUGCGUCUUAAUAUAAAAUUCCUCAUUGAUUUGACAUGAAAAUUAUGGACGUGUACUUGAAUGAUUACUUAUGUUCCACUAUGUUUGUAAGACCACUUUUAAUGGUGAGCAAAAAAAA